AUGUCCUCAGUAUUUGUAUCUUUCUGCUUUGUUAAAACCAUUUCUGCAAGCGAAAAAUUCUUAACUGGAAGUGCCCUAUAUCGUGUGAAUAACGAAAAUGAUAAAUUUAGAGAAUUUACUUUUAAAGGUUUUACAGCAACUCCAGAAACUUUAAUCGCAGACUUUGAAAAAAAUUCCAUUGUUCUCAUGAUCGGACACUACGUUUAUGAAGAUACCGAAUAUCUUACUCUCAUUCAAACUGUACCUAUUUCUUUCUUUGCUAAUGACACUUUGCUUACUCCUAAAGACCUCCUUUACGCCUCUCCUCUCCUUUUAUUCUCUGCACCUAUUUUACAAAAUUCUUUCUUAUCCCUUGAUGGAAAUAAAGAAUGCUUUAUAUUAACAAAAAGAUUGUAUAACGGAGUGAACAACCACAAAAACAUCGAAACAAAAAUUACCGUAUCCUAUGACAAUUCAAACAACCGAUAUGACAUUAUCAAAAAUAAUAUAAAAAAGACAGUUAUGUCUGUUAUAGGUCAGUUAAAAAUCGGUAAAAAAAAUACACUUCAUAUUAUUGCUUCAGAUAUAAAAUGGAACUAUGCUAGUAUUGAAGAAAAAUAUACAGCUAUGAAUUCUCUGAAUAAAAGGCAAAGAGUAAACUUAACGUCUACCUCAAGAUCAAAUUCAUCAAGGGAAACAGUGACAACAAUGAAUUUCAUGAACACUGUUGCGCAGGUUAAAAAUGGCAUCUCUUCAACACAUGAACUUGUUGAAGAAUCCACUAAUCAAGAAGUUAUCAGAAAAUAA